ACGGAUAAAUCAUUUCGCUGUUCGAGAGCGAAUAUGACGCAACGGUGUUUGUGAUAGUGACGUUUCAGGUACACGUCGCCUAGCAGGAUGUGCUUGGCAAAGAUGGCGGUUGACUGCCAGCCUCACUGCCCUACACAUUAGUGAAAAUUCAUAAUUAAUCUUUCCGCAGAUUGAGAUUCAGUUCUCAACAAUACACGAGUGAGUGUGCGUGUUUGGAGAGGAGUGUUGAAGAGGUCAUGCAGCCCCCUCCUCGCAAAACCCCUCCAAAUGCAGUUGGAGGCCCUCCACCCACGUCCGGGCCCAACGCCUUCCGGAGGAACCGCCCCCACAAACAUGGGGCUGCUGCUGCUGCUGCUGCUGCUGCUGCCUCUGCCUCCAUGGCAACGGCACCACCUACCCAACCAAUGACUGAUCCGUUUGCCUUUGGGAGACAAGCCAUGCCUCCCAUGGCCAGUAAUACUCCACCUCCCAGCAGCAACCACCUUCCAAUGCAGCCCCCAAAUGCAGCAGCCUUUACCCAGAAUUCCCUGCUGUUGCAGUCUGCUCCACCUUCCGCCUCGGGCGUUAGCGUGUUCACCCCGCAGCCGCCCCCCACUGAGCAAGCCUACUUCAACUCCCGCGAGCCUCCCGCCUACGUUUCCCACAAUUCCCCUCCAGAUCCUCCCCAGGCAGCCUCGCCCCCCAUGCAAAGUGGCCCGUUUCAGCCACAGGCCUCUCAGCCUUCGCCCUGGAUGUAUGACCACGGAAGCCGUCCUCCGUCUGUACAGAACUACUUCCAGCCGACCAGUGACCACUCGCAGCCUUUCCCGCCGCCUCCCCCUGGCCCCUCGCCACACAUGCAUCAGCAGAACAUGGGCCUGCCUGUACACUUUCUCCCGCAGCACCAGAACUCCGCGUCUUUUGAGGCCCAGGGCUAUUUAAGCCAACCCCUUCCCCAGGCCGAGGCCGUGCCCUACAGCCAACCCUCUGACACCGGAACCCUGGGCAUGUUCUUUCGCAGCAAUGAUGUGGAGAACAUCGAGACGCCGUCUGGAGACGCGCAGGUCAACGGGGUCUCUCACCUGCCACACGCUCCGGAGCCGGUCCAGCUCGGGGCUGCCGCCGGCGCGACGGCAGGCGCCCAGUUCGACACCGUGGAGAACUUGGAGUGCGUCCCGAACCUGGAGGUGCUUCCGAACGAGCCCCUGCCGCACCCGUACGAGACCGGACCCAACCUGGAGACCCCGGAUCAGGUCCCACGGCCUGCGCGCUCCGCUAGCGUCUCGUCGUGCCACAGCAACGUCAGCCACCACAGCGGGCGCCACCAGAGUGGCGUCAUGGGCACCUUCAUCCAGCAGGAGAGCGCCCGGCCCCUGGAUACUGGGGCAUCGCCCUCGGCCGGGUAUUUCGAGCAGAUCGACUCGGCCCCCUCCGGUGAGGCGUGCGCCUUCCCCACCCCGAGCCCGCCCAAGCCAGUGGGAGUGUUCCAGUCGAGCGCCAACUCCUCGUUCGAGCCUGUGCGCUCGCACUCGACACACCCGGUCGCGCAGAUGCAGCCGGUGGCCGACCGCGCACGCGUAGUGAUGGAGAGGUCAGACAGUAUCACCACCGCUGUCGCCCCCACCGACACGCUGCCGGGCAACCUUGAGCAGCCGCCGGACGACCAGGAGACCCAGUUCCUGCCCGGGAGUGUCGCCGUGGUGGCCGGGGAUCGCGGCCAGCCAGGGCUGAACAGACCGGCGCCGAGACGCCUGUGCGACAGUCCCGCCACCACGCUCUGGGCGCCCAACAACUCGGCCAACCUCAGUGGGAACAUCCUGCUGGCCCCCGCCGCCCCUCCCUUAGCCGUCUCGUUGGUCACUGCGGCGCCAGCCGAGGUCAUCCAGCCCCCCGAGGACGGUCCCCUGGACCUGCAGCACGCCAACCGACAGCCGGCACAGCCGCCACCACCACCACCCUCGGAGAACCUGGAGAACCCGCCUGAUCAUGGCCUUCUGAGCCUGGCCCCCCAGGCAAGUCUGGGCUACGCUUCGCUGCUCGUGUCCACUCCCCCUGCCGAGGCGCUGAACCAAUCUGUGCUGAUCGCACCACCUUCCUCCAAUUACAGUGUGAUUCCCCCGGCGCAAGGCCUGGCCUACGCUUACCCCAACAGCUUAGCGGAGAUGCCUCUGCCGGCACGCCCACCAUCUCUGGCCAAUCCACAGUCGCCUCUCGCAGCCAAUCAGCCGCCGAUUUUCCCUCAAGGUUCCAGAAAUUUCCCCCCUAAUCAGAGUCCACUGAACUUGGCGCUAGAGACCAAGGAAGCUGCCAAGCCCCUCCCUCUGGUCAACAACAACCAGUCACUGCGAGGGGACAGUCAAUCCACACCACCUGUUAAUUCCCAAGCUUUACCUUCUUCCUCUGCAGCCAAUCAGAAUCAGCCUUCAAAUUACGCACUACUUGAUUUCUCUAUGCACCAAUCGCUAAGCUCCAAUCAGGCACCGACUCCGCCCCAGCCGCAGCUGCCCAAUCCAGCAGCACAGGUGGGUAACGCCCCCGGUUCCGGUUUCUACCUGCAGGUUACCAAAGAUGCCCAGCAGGGCACGCAGGGAGAGGGCGAUGGUUUUGCCAUCACUGAGCGUGGCGCCCAUCCACCCAGCGUGCCCAUGGGUGUUGCCCAGCCAGCGCCCACGCUGCCGGCAGCUGCCGCCCAGCAGCCUCCCCUGCCACGGACAACCUCAGCCACAGCCAUCGCCACAGCCAUGCCCUCAGCAGUGCCUGCAGGGGUGCCCGCGGCUGUGCCCACACCUACCCCAGAGCCAGCUCCGACUAUGCCUCCACCUGCUAUGCCUCCACCUGCUGCCCCUCCUGGAGGUCCUGCUCCCCUGCCCCCACCCUAUGGCGACCCGGCUCGUCCUCCGUCGGUGGCAGGUGGCGUCCCUUCUUACGGGCCACCCCAUCCACAGGCUCAACCCAUGCCCGGCCCCGGAGGAUACUACGGCGCAGGCUACCCAGAGUACUACGACGGCAGAGGACAGUAUCCUGUGCCGGCCUAUCCGAUGCAUGACCCCAGAGCCCAGCCAUAUCAGCAGGAUGACCCAUAUCGCAGGGCUGACCCACGGUACGGCCGCUAUGAGGCAGAGAGGCAACCCGAGAGACCCAGCUCCCGCUCCAGCCAGUACUCCGAGAGGUCCCACUCCAGCAGGCAGGGCUAUGAAGAAUACCAGGCCCCCCCUCCUAGGAAUGCCCAAGAUGAAUACUAUGCCGAGUACUACAAGAAGCAGCAGUAUGAUUAUGAACGGAGUCGUUGGUAUGAUCCAAAUGCUGCCUAUGACCCUCGCUACAGAGGAUACUAUGAUCAGGCAUCGUACAACUGGUACAAUUACAACCCUGAGGCCUAUCGCAGGGGAGAAAACUACAACUACAACUAUGGUCAACAGUACCUGAACAGCAGUAAACGUGAGGGCUAUGACGACCCGUGGCGUUACUACCCCGGUUAUGACACCAGCUUCGAGGAAGACUACCGGCGGCAGCGCGACCCCUAUGGUGACGAGUUUGACCGGCGGAGCGUUGGCAGUGAGCGCUCCUCGCACAGUGUCCACUCGCACAGCUCGCGCGCACAGAGCCGCAGGAACAGCUUCAGCUCACACUCACAGCAGAGUCAGGUGUACAGGAGCCAGCCUGACCUGGUUGCGGCGACCUAUGACCCCACCAUGUCUGGCCUGCCCCUGGAUUACUCCAGCUACAGUCAGUAUCCCACACAGCAGGAUACGCAGCAGUACACCGACACAAACAGCUGGCCCUCCAUUGAGCAACCACCCCCACGACCCCUGACACCAGAGAAGUACUCUGUUCCCCACCGCUGUGCGCGGUUUGGUGCUGCCGGUCAACUGAUCAUAGUCCAGCCCAACAUGCCUUCGGCUGGCCAGCCGGCCCUCAUUGAAGUGCACAACAUGGAGACGCUGAUGCAGGAUUCUCCGGAGCAGACAGAGCUGCGUGCAUUCCCCGGACCUCUCAUCAAGGAGGAGACGCAUAAAGUGGAUGUUAUCAAGUUUGCCCAAAACAAGGCCAUGGAGUGCAUGCGCAGUGAUAACCUUAUUGACAAGUAUUCCGCCUGCCUUAUCUGGGAGUUCAUCACCUUGAUGUGCCGACAAAAUGGGACCGUUGUGGGCACAGACAUUGCUGACCUCCUGCUUCGCGAGCACCGCUCGGUGUGGCUGCCCGGCAAGUCUCCCAACGAGGCCAACCUGAUCGACUUCACCAACGAAGCCCUGGAGCAGCCUGAGGAGGCGGAGCAGGGCGCACUCUCCCUCAUCUCCGACACCUUUAUGAGUGUGCCUGAAAACAUCGGCAAGGAGACGGAGCGCUUCCGCGAGCUGCUGCUGUUCGGACGCAAAAAGGAUGCCCUGGAGUCAGCCAUGAAGAACGGUUUGUGGGGUCAUGCUUUGCUGUUGGCCAGUAAGAUGGACAGCAGGACUCACGCCAGAGUCAUGACCAGGUUUGCCAACAGUUUACCCAUCAAUGACCCACUUCAGACUGUUUACCAGCUCAUGUCUGGUAGGAUGCCAGCUGCAGCUACAUGUUGCGGUGAUGAGAAGUGGGGCGACUGGCGCCCCCACUUGGCCAUGGUGCUGUCCAACCUCACCCACACGGUGGACCUGGACAUGCGCACCAUCGCCACCAUGGGCGACACGCUGUCCUCCAAGGGACUGGUGGAUGCGGCUCACUUCUGCUACCUGAUGGCUCAGGUGGGGCUGGGAGUGUUCACCAAGAAGAGCACCAAGAUCGUGCUGAUUGGCUCCAACCACAGCUUGCCGUUUGAGAAGUUCUGCUCGUCCGAGGCCAUCCAGCGCACGGAGGCGUACGAGUAUGCCCAGUCCCUGGGCUCUCAGCCACUCUGCCUGCCCAACUUCCAGGUGUUCAAGUUCAUCUAUGCGUGCCGCCUUGCUGAGACUGGGCUCUGUGCCCAGGCUUUCCAUUACUGCGAGGUCAUCAGCCGAGCUCUGCUGACACAGUCACACUACCACUCAGUGGAGUUCAUCGGCCAGCUCAUAGAGAUGUCUGCUCGGCUGCGGUUCUAUGACCCUCAGCUGAAGGAGAAGCCCGAGCAGGAGCUCUUCCUAGAGCCGGACUGGCUGCUGCACCUGCGGCAGCUGGACAGACAGAUCCAGGGAGGGGAGAUCACGUUCAGGGACCGGGGGACGCCCCAGCUCUACCCCUGCUCCUCCCCCAGCUCUGAGGAGCCCCCUACCCCGCCUAACGCAUCCACCCACACCCCCGACUCCUCCAACCCGCUGAUGGCCACUCUCAUGCCCGGGGCUCCAGUGCCUGCUGUCCAGCUCAUGCCACCAGCGCCAGCAACCAUUCUGCAGGAAGGUGCGCCCUCUGUAGCCCAGAGCCCCGACGCAGGCGGCUUCUAUCCGACCGUGCCCACGCCAGCCGUGCCCAUGCCAGCCGUGCCCAUGUUCUCCACCACCUACCAGCCAGACAGCAACUCACCACACGCUGGACCCCCACUAACAAACUCUGAGCAGAUGACUCCUCAGAUACCCGGUCAAGUACCUGGUCAAAUGGCCCCUCCUAUGCCAGGGCACAUGCCAGGGCAGAUGCCAGGCCACAUGCCGGGUCAGGUGCCGGGUCAGAUGCCGGGUCAAAUGCCAGGCCAAAUGCCAGGACAACAUCCCCCUCAGAUGCCCGGGCAGAUGCCGCCUCAAAUGCAGGGGCAGAUGUCUCAGCCUAUGCCUGGGCAAAUGCCAGGAUACAUGCCUGGGCAAAUGCCAGGGCAGAUGUCUCAUCCUAUGCCCGGUCAGAUGCCUCCACAGAUGCCUGGAGAAGGGCAUGCUCCACCCUCUCCUCAGAUGCCUCCCUCACAGCCUCCCCAGAUGGACUUCUUCGACCACAUGGCUCACCUGGGUACGGGCAGGAGAUCCAGGACCACCUCGCAGUCUUCUAUGCAUAUGGGGCCAGGCCGUCGUUCGCGGACAACAUCCGAGUCGUCCAACCACUCGACCGGACGUGAGCGAAGCAGCUCAUUGGUUAACCAGGGCUCUCCCCCCCCACCCCCUAUCCCAGAGGCGCCGCCUGCACAGGAAGCUUCUAAGAAAAACAAGAAAGAGUCACCAAAAAAGGGCGGUGGAUGGUUCACUUGGCUUUACUCAAAGAAGAAUGAAGCCCACCUCCCUGAUGACAAACAUAAAUCUAUCGUCUGGGACGAGAAAAAGCAGAAAUGGGUGAAUCAGGAUGAGCCGGAGGAGGAGUAUAAGCCCCCUCCUCCACCGCCAUCCAGUUUUCCCAAGAUGGCUCCAGCCGCAGGGCCUGGUCCUGGACCUGGUCCCGGUCCUGGCGCCAGACCAGGCUCUGGGCCACCGGUCAACAUGUUCUCCAGGAGAGCUGGCACCAAGAGCCGCUAUGUGGACGUGUUGAACCCAGGCAGAGGGGGUGUUGGUGGUGCGCCUGCUCCCAUGCCUGCUCCUAUGCCGGCUGACCUUUUCGCUCCUCUUGCCCCUAUGCCCAUACCACCCAACCUAUUUACCCCAAAUGCAGCUGAAGAACCACAGCCAGCAGAGGGAAACACAGCUGAUGGUGUGAACCAGAGUCAGCCUCAGAUGUUUAAUCCCACUCUGCUGCCUCAGUGUCCAGAGGGAUCUCAGUCUGGGGAGCUGUCCAGAUCUAGUUCAAUGAGUUCUUUAUCACGUGAAGUGAGUCAGCACUUAAAUCAGCAGGCCCCACCAGCUGGAGGCGUUACCUUCUAUAACCCCGCCCAAUUUGCACAGGCUCCAGUGCCCACGCGUGUCGGGGGACGCCUGGGUGGACAGAGAGAGUACCCCACCCUCAAGUGACCGCUGCUGCUCCUCACAAGGGCUUCAUAACGCUGCGAAAUAUUUCAUUCAUUCGUCAAUUCAUUUUAAACUUUAAUCAUCAUGCCUUCCCCUCCCCGAUACUCGUGUCCUGCUCAUCUGUGUCUGCUUUGAUUUAAUUCUUUUUUUUUUUUUUUGUCUGGAGCCAUGAAUGUGUGUGUGUGUGUGUGUGUGUGUGUGUGAACGAGUGGGUAGAGCCUGCCAGUCAGGGUUUUGUUAUGUGCAAUAAUGAUCACUAGUAGACUGCAUUCUUUGAUUAUUUUUUUUUUUUUUUUCUUUCUGUUCUGUCUGGCCAUUUCAGGUGUGUGAGUGUGUAUUAAGUAUGUGGUGGGUUAAGACAGCAAGGGCUAAUGCUCCUGCUGUGCUUACAGUGUUGGGAGUGUUAAUCUCUUUUUACAUAUUUAUAAAACGUUUUGUCCCUGGGAGAAAGCUUUGCCAUGUCUUUCUCACCUAAUCACAGUCAAAAGGACUUCCAUCUCAUCCAGAAGAUUGUUUUAUCUUCCCAUGAACUUUCUCUAAUCACCUCAUCACCGCUCCUUUCCUUUCAUUUUAUUUUAUUUUUAUUUUAUUUUAUUUUGUUGAUUGUGAUUUUUUGUGUGUUUGGUGUCUCAACCCCUCUCAUCCCUGUAUUUGAGUAGAGAUGGAUUGUGGUAUUCCAUAAACCCAAAGUAUCGCUGUGUUUGAAGGAACAGGAGAUCAACUUUCUUAGAUGUUUAGAAUUGACUGUAAAAUUAUUGACAAAUGUAAAAGAAAGUGAUAAUAAAGAUAUUUUUGCUCUUUAGUACUUUGAAAAA